AGCAUCGAGCAAGUGUUAUACGCAUUAUGCAUUGAAAGUAAAAUAAGUUAGAGUAAAUCAUAUUUUGUCGGUCAGUAGCCAGCUUAUGAGUAGUAAAUUGCAGCCUAAGAAGUCUUUGCAGUUUGUUAUUCAAGUCGCAGCUGAUGCAUUUUUAAAGCAAGGCCAAUUUAUUGGAAUUGUGCAAAAAUUCAAAACAAGUAAUGAUUACGAUCUUUAAAGUAUGUCAUUAAAGUGACUAUUGUGCUAUCGUACUAGCUGAAAUUUAUUUUAUUCUUCACGUCAACUAUGGACCAUGCAUGAAUCGUGAUUAAGAAACUGAAUAUGAAAAACGAAACCAUUGGUCCUUUAUAUUCCUAUUAAUUUUAUUUAGGCAUGUCGUAGGACCAGUAUAAAAGCCUGGGGCGUACAUUGACUCGACGAAAAAAAAACGAGAUAUCUGCGCAGAAUUGAAAAAAAAAAUCAAAUUUUUCUUACAGAACUUGCUUCUGAAAGAAACAUAUCUGAUGGUUUUGAAAGUAGUUCAGUUUACUUGAUUUGUCACUGUGCAAGUGAUCCACGUAAAUAGUUUUUUAAGUAUGUCAGUUUAAUGAUGUUUUCUUUGUCAAAGUUUUACAGCAGUUCAAGUUGAAGUUGAUAAUCUAUUGACUCACACUAUCUGCAAAUUAAAUCAGGGUCUAAAAUUAUUUCUCAGAUCAUAGUUUUACAAGUAAUAUCUUAGAAAAGACAAAAAGGGCUCACGAAUAGAUGUUAUUAAAAGAAAAUAAAUAUACUUUAUAAAUUUGCUCCAGGGCCAACUCCGCUAAAUAGCCAAUAUGGCAAUGGAUUAUAAAAUGUUAAUUAUAUUUCCAUUGUUCUUUUCUGUGGUUUGGGGAGGAAGAGGCACACCGUCACAGAAAAUAAAAUAUGAAGGAUCUAAAGAUUUAUCCUCUGGUAUAAAUGUUAUGUGGAAAGUAGAAGAAAAGAGUAUAGUUUUAAAGUUGAAAUACAGAGCAACAGGAUGGGUUGGCAUUGGAUUUUCAAAAUCAAAACAUCCACAGAGUAUGGCUGAUUCUGAUAUCACAAUAGGCUGGGUUACUAUGGGCAAUGCGUUUGUGUGGGACGCUUACGCCAAGACAAACGGAGUUCCAGAUGUUGAUAAAAAAUCAGAAGUGGAACUGAUUAGUGGAAAGGAAGAAUCUGGUUACACUACAAUUGUUUUCAGGAGACCAAUCAUUGCAAUGAAUGAUGAUGACGUCACAAUUCAUAAAGGUGAAAUUGGAAUUCUUUGGGCCUAUGGAAGAUCAGAUGUUACAGGAGGAACUUUGAGCGUUGUAGAUUAUCAUGCGAGAAGAGGUUAUACAACUCUAACAUUAAUCCCCACAGAAGAAAUCGCUAGUGAACCAAGUCUUCCAGACCCAGCUAAACCAGAAAGUCCAAAAGAUGUUGAAGAUCAUGAUGACGCCGAUGAUGAUGACGACAAACAAGCUCAUGAACAUGAUGAUAAAGAUUUGAAUCAUUUCAUUUAUCUGGAUGCAGACAAGAAACUUUUCCUUCGAUGGGGAGUCAAAGGUCAAGAAAUAACUUUCAAGUUGAAAGGAGAAACUCUGGGAUGGAUGGGAAUAGGAUUAUCGCCCGGACAUGGGAUGACAAAUUCAGACCUGAUGAUUGUUGGAGUUAACAGAGAAGGAAAAGCAUAUGCAUAUGAUUGUUUCGCUCCUGAAAAUACUACUCCGUCGGUUGACAAAACCCAGAACGUUGAAAUCAUUGAAUAUGAUCAGACUGAUACUCAUACAACAGUCACAUUCAAAAGAGCUCUUGUUACAGAUGAUGAAAGCGGGAACGAUCGAUCAAUACAGACUAAAAAUGCUCGCUAUAAACAGAAUGCUGAUACGUAUUUCCUUUGGGCUUAUGGAUUGUAUGACGUAUUAGGAGCACCAGGUAUCGUCAACUAUCAUUUUGGACGACGAGGAUACUUGAAAUUGAAUCUGCUUCAUGGAGAGGGAGACGGCGUAAUAUUAUUGUUAAUGUUUAAUCAUCUAUUCACAGAGGCAAUGAAACCAGCUGAAAGCCCGAAAUCACCAGAAGGUGUUGAAAUGGAAGAGAGUGAAGUACCAGAAGGCUUCAUUUCCGUUAAAGGAUACAAGAAACUUGAUGAAGCCGGAGAUGUUGUUCUACAAUGGAGUACUGCUUAUACUUCUGAAGCAGUAAUUUUUAUACAGCUUUCAGCCCCAACAACAGGAUGGGUUGGACUUGGGUUUUCUCCUGGUAAUACUAUGAAGGAUGCUGAUUUAAUUGUGGCAGGAAUAAAAGAUGGAACUCCUUACAUUUUUGACUUACAUGCUACAAGAAAUACUUUACCACUGGUGGACGCAAAUCAGGACGUGCUCUUAUUUCAAGCAGUUGAGGAUGGGCCGAGAACAAUCGUUAUGAUGUUGAAGAAAUACAAAAGCGGAGACACAGAAAAUGAUAUUGAUAUUAUGGCAGGAAAAAUGAAUGUGCUUUGGGCAUAUGGAGAAACAGAUGUCGAUGAAAAGUUGACUCGAAUGAAUUACCACGGGCGAAAUAGAGGGCACGUUGAAGUAGAAUUCAUACCGAAUGAUACUAGCGCCAUUCCAGAUAUUGAAGAUCAUGAUGAUCACGAUGAUGAUGAUGAUGACAAACAAGCUCAUGAACAUGAUGAUAAUGAGUUGAAGCAUUUCAUUUAUCUUGAUGCAGACGAGAAACUUUUCCUUCGAUGGGGAGUCAAAGGUCAAGAAAUUACUUUCAAGUUGAAAGGUGAAACUAUGGGAUGGAUGGGAAUUGGAUUAUCGUCCGGCCCUGGGAUGACAAAUUCAGAUCUAAUGAUUGUUGGAGUUAACAGAGAAGGAAAAGCAUAUGCAUAUGAUUGUUUCGCUCCUGAAAAUACUACUCCUUCGGUUGACGAAACCCAGAACGUUGAAAUCCUUGAAUAUGAUCAGACUGAUACUCAUACAACAGUCACAUUCAAAAGAGCUCUUGUUACAGAUGAUGAAAGCGGGAACGAUCGAUCAAUACAGAAUGCUGAUACGUAUUUCCUUUGGGCUUAUGGAUUGUAUGACGUAUUAGGAGCACCAGGAAUCGUCAACUAUCAUUUUGGACGACGAGGAUACUUGAAAUUGAAUCUGCUUCAUGGAGUGGGAGAGGCAAUGAAACCAGCUGAAAGCCCGAAAUCACCAGAAGGUGUUGAAAUGGAAGAGAGUGAAGUACCAGAAGGCUUCAUUUCCGUUAAAGGAUACAAGAAACUUGAUGAAGCCGGAGAUGUUGUUCUACAAUGGAGUACUGCUUAUACUUCUGAAGCAGUAAUUUUUAUACAGCUUUCAGCCCCGACAACAGGAUGGGUUGGACUUGGGUUUUCCCCUGGUAAUACUAUGAAGGAUGCUGAUUUAAUUGUGGCAGGAAUAAAAGAUGGAAAUCCUUAUAUUUUUGACUUACAUGCUACAAGAAAUACUUUACCACUGGUGGACGCAAAUCAGGACGUGCUCUUAUUUCAAGCGGUUGAAGAUGGGCCAAGAACAAUCGUUAUGAUGUUGAAGAAAUACAAAAGCGGAGACACAGAAAAUGAUAUUGAUAUCAUGGCAGGAAAAAUGAAUGUGCUUUGGGCAUAUGGAGAAACAGAUGUCGAUGAAAAGUUGACUCGAAUGAAUUACCACGGGCGAAAUAGAGGGCACGUUGAAGUAGAAUUCAUACCGAGUGAUACUAGCGCCACUCCAGACCCAGCUAAAUCAGAAACUCCAAAAGAUAUUGAAGAUCAUGAUGACCACGAUGAUGAUGACGACAAACAAGCUCAUGAACAUGAUGAUAAGGAGUUGGAGCAUUUCCUUUAUCUUAAUGCAGACGAGAAACUUUUUCUUCGAUGGGGAGUCAAAGGCCAGGAAAUUACUUUCAAGUUGAAAGGUGAAACUAUGGGAUGGAUGGGAAUUGGAUUAUCGUCCGGCACUGGGAUGACAAAUUCAGAUCUAAUGAUUGUUGGAGUUGACAGAGAAGGAAAAGCAUAUGCAUAUGAUUGUUUCGCUCCUGAGAAUACUACUCCUUCGGUUGACAAAACCCAAAACGUUGAAAUCAUUGAAUAUGAUCAGACUGAUACUCAUACAACAGUCACAUUCAAAAGAGCUCUUGUUACAAAUGAUGAAAGCGGAGAAGAUCGAUCCAUACAGAAUGCCGAUACGUAUUUCAUUUGGGCUUAUGGAUUGUAUGACGUAUUAGGAGCACCAGGAAUCGUCAACUAUCAUUUUGGACGAAGAGGAUACUUGAGAUUGAAUCUGCUUCGUGGAAUGGGAGAAGCAAUGAAACCAGCUGAAAGUCCGAAAUCACCAGAAGGUGUGGAAACGGGAACGCCCAGAGGUCCAGAAGGCUUCAUUUCCGUUAAGGGAUACAAAAAACUUGAUGAAGCCGGAGAUGUUGCUCUGCAAUGGAGUACUGCUAAUACUUCUGAGGCAGUAAUGUUUACACAGCUUUCAGCCCCAACAACAGGAUGGGUUGGACUUGGGUUUUCCCCUGGUAAUACUAUGAAGGAUGCUGAUUUAAUUGUCGCAGGAAUAAAAGAUGGAACUCCUUACAUUUUUGACUUAUAUGCUACAAGAAAUACUUUACCAAUGAUGGACGCCAAACAAGACGUUCUCUUAUUUCAAGCAGUUGAAGAUGGGCCAAGAACAAUCGUUAUGAUGUUGAAGAAAUACAAAAGCGGAGACACAGAAAAUGAUAUUGAUAUCAAGGCAGGAAAACUAAAUGUGCUUUGGGCAUAUGGAGAAACAGAUGUCGAUGAAAAACUAACUCGAAUGAAUUAUCACGGACGAAAUAGAGGACACGUUGAAGUAGAAUUCAUACCGAGUGAUACUAGCGCCAUUCCAACCGAUGUACAUUCGCCUGGAAGUCCAAAGUCACCAAAAUUAGAAACAGACAGUCCCGUUUCUGUAAAACCGCCAAAGGUACCGGAUGUGACUGGAAUGUCACCACCAAGCCAGUCAGGACCAGACAUGGCAAAAUCUCCAUUGAGUCCGGUAACUCCGGAGGAUACAAAUAACGUUGGAUCACCGAUGAGUCCCAAUACUCCUGAGGAUGGUAAGUCUCCGCCGAGUCCGGAGAGUCCAAAGAAACCUCCUCAGAAAAUUCAGCCCGUUCGACGUGGAAGAAUUUUACAGGGUGGCUCUAAUAAUAUUGACAAACUAUUCGAUGACGACAAAAUGUAUAAACAAGCAGUUUUAAAUGUUGCACAUAAAGUGAAUCUCAAAUGGGCUUAUAAUAUGGACUACAUCGUGAUUCAGAUAUCGAUCCCCACGCAAGGAUGGGUUGGAGUUGGAUUUUCUCCGGGACCGAAUAUGGCCAGAGCUGAUAUUGUUAUUACAGGAGUAAGACGGGACGGAGUUUAUGCAGUGGACGCAUUCGCGAGCAGAAAUGGUAAACCGCAUAUUGACUCGUCACAAGAUAUCAAGGUUCUCAGAUACGUAGAAACCGCAGGCGUAACGACAGUUACUUUUGCAAGGAAACUGGAUACAAUGGAUACUUUGGAUAACAAGAUUGGUGAUAUCAAAUACGUGAUAUGGGCAUAUGGAAGAGCUGAUUUUGCAAAGAAGCCAAGAAACUUUUACCAUGGAUCCAAUAGAGGAGCAAAAAUGCUGACUCUUAUUGACGGACCAGGUGGUUUGGCGGCAGAUUUUGAAAUGAAUCCAUUAGUGCUUGUACCAGGAAAUUUGAGGUAAACAAAAACAAGAAUGAAGUUUAUUCGUCAGAAGGAAAGAAAGAGACUUAUGCUAGUUUAUACCAAUGCCUCAUCAUUUUUGUGCAUUUAGAUUUAGACAGUACUUUGAUACUUUGAGCCAAACAUGUCAUAUGGUUUUGGCGUGACGAGUUACGUCGAAUGAUACAGAUGGAAUGUAUUAUUAACAAACCACCAAAAGAAACUAGUUGGAAUGACCAAAUAUUUGUUGCAAUGUCUGCAUUACAUGCAUCAUCCAAUUUUUAAUUAUAAUUCUUUUUAAAUAAAGUGAAACAUAAUCGAA